UCUAUCAGCUACAAUAUCGUACAAGGAAAAAUCUUAAUAACACUCGAAACUGCGCUGAUAGAGGAAAACCCAUCGAAUUUAUACAUUUUCCACGGGUCGUGAAUGAAAAUCUCUGUGAAAUCGAUCAAAAAUACGUAAAAUCUAGUCUGUUUCAGCCAGUGCUUUGUUGUUAAUCCGUUUGAUCCUCUUAUAUUUCUUUGUUUUGCUAGAGGAAGAAGUGGUAAAGUGUUAUAAUGGUCGGGAGAACAGUAGAGGACUUUCCGAUAGUUUGCUACUGAUGUUUCGUUAUGUUCCGGGCCUUUAAAAUGAGCGAGAUCGGUCGGUGACACAGUUGUUACAACAAAUUUUUUUAUUGUUACGAACCGUUGUUACAAAGUACUUAUUAAUGAGCAAUAAACUAGUGAUAUAUGUGAUAAAGGCGAACACUUGAGAAUGGACGAGGAAUGUCAAGGACUUUUACCCAGUUGGCCUGAUUCUGAACAUCAGAUUCGGAUAUCCCAAAGACGCGUUGCCGACGACAGUGGCGGGUGAAGUCGGCACGGCCUCGCUCUCAGCACGGCUAACACCACCACGACCCCCAGCCAACAACAACCUCCCACGAUGUCUAUGGAUAGUGGUGGUGGUGGGGGUUCGAUAGGAACCGGUUACGGGGGCGGAGGGGAGGUGUUAACCGUUCGUCGGUGGGAACCGAUGCCUCCGCCCCCAACUGGUGAUCAAUCCAUGGCAAUGGAUAAUAAAGAACAGUUGCGGUACUCUUCCAUUCCGCAGAUCUCGAUGACGCCGGGUCUUUUACAAUCCGCCUCGCAAGUGCCGCCGAUGAAUCAGCCACCCCCACCUCCCCCACCGCCGCCGCCUUUGCCUCUGCAGUUACAACGGCCUUAUUCCAGGUCUAUGUCUUCACUGCCGCCUGAACCUUUUAUGAUAAUGAGAUCGAAAGCACUGAACAAGAGGGUUGUGAUCAAUGUCGGUGGAGUCAAACACGAAGUUCUUUGGAGGACCUUGGAUCGCUUACCGCACACCAGGUUAGGCCGCCUUCGUGACUGCAACACCCACGAAUCUCUCAGCGAACUCUGCGACGACUAUUCCCUUAUAGACAACGAAUACUUCUUCGAUCGCCAUCCUAAAUCCUUUAGCUCUAUCCUCAACUUCUACCGAACCGGAAAGCUACAUCUCGUCGACGAAAUGUGCGUUUUAGCUUUCAGCGAUGAUCUCGAGUAUUGGGGAGUGGACGAACUCUAUUUGGAGUCCUGUUGUCAACACAAAUAUCAUCAACGAAAAGAGCACGUCCACGAGGAAAUGAGAAAGGAAGCGGAAUCCUUGAGGCAACGGGACGAGGAGGAAUUCGGUGAGGAUAAAUGUUCGCAAUAUCAGAAGUGGUUGUGGGAUAUGUUGGAGAAACCUACGACGUCCAUUGCGGCAAGGGUUAUAGCCAUCGUUUCCAUCCUAUUCAUAGUACUAUCAACAAUAGCUCUCACCCUCAACACAAUACCUAGUAUGCAAGUAAACGAUGAGAAGGGUAACUUCCAAGACAACCCUCAGCUAGCAAUGGUAGAAGCCGUGUGCAUAACCUGGUUUUCACUAGAAUACAUCUUAAGAUUUAGUGCUUCGCCUAAUAAAUGGAAGUUUUUUAAAGGCGGACUUAACAUAAUCGAUUUACUAGCCAUCCUUCCUUAUUUUGUAUCCCUUUUCCUACUAGAAACUAAUAAAAACGCCACCGAUCAGUUUCAAGAUGUGCGGCGAGUAGUACAAGUCUUUAGAAUUAUGCGUAUCUUGCGUAUCUUAAAGUUAGCUAGACAUUCCACUGGGCUCCAGUCCUUGGGCUUUACCCUGAGGAACUCCUACAAGGAGCUCGGCUUGCUCAUGCUGUUUUUGGCUAUGGGGGUGCUCAUAUUUUCUAGCCUUUGCUACUUCGCUGAGAAAGAAGAGCCUGGUACUAAGUUCAUAAGCAUUCCAGAGACGUUCUGGUGGGCAGGGAUUACCAUGACAACGGUUGGUUACGGUGACAUUUACCCCACGACACCCCUUGGGAAAGUUAUAGGAAGCGUAUGUUGUAUUUGCGGGGUAUUGGUGAUUGCGUUGCCCAUUCCUAUCAUUGUUAAUAAUUUUGCCGAGUUCUAUAAGAAUCAAAUGAGAAGAGAGAAGGCCCUUAAGAGGAGAGAAGCCUUGGAACGAGCCAAGCGAGAGGGAAGCAUAGUGUCCUUUCAUCAUAUCAAUCUUAGAGACGCUUUCGCUAAGAGUAUGGAUCUCAUAGACGUAAUUGUAGAUACAGGCCACAAUAUGUCUCACGCUGACGGCAACAGCACGGAGGGCGAAUCGUUGGCAGGAAGCCGCAACCAGGGCCAGACCGGCACUGGAUGCUACAGAAAUUUCGAGCACUAUCCGAAUCGACAUCGGCGCAGCAAUUCUUCCACUCUGCCUUGUCUUCCAAGCAACGAAGGGCCACCGAUGCCAGGAUCACCUUCCUCCCAGAGGAGGAUGAUGAUGGAUGAUCCAUACCAACAUGUUGGUCCGAGCGUCGCACCGCUAGCCCAAGACGAAACGCAGCUGAUACCUAGUACUCCCAAGGAGUGUAUAUCGCCGUCGGCCGAGAGUAAAAAAUCUGAUACGCUGAAGAAGACUGAAAAAAUCGUUGACAAAAUAGAAGAAAUUCCUAGCGAAUUCGAGUGUUGUUUCUGUACGUCAAAGGAUUUUAAGGAAUUCGUCGACGCCGAAAACUUAAUGCCAUUAACCACAAGCGACUUCCGUAAUCCAGUCUGCCUCGAGAUGCGACUCAUCAGAGAAUCCGAACAGCACAUGAACCUCUUCGGCUUUCCCGAACUAGACGUCGAGCAGAAGAACAAUGUAAAUAGCGUCGACCUCAACAGCAUGGACAGUUCCGAUACGUUCGCCAGCUGUACAACGCACCCGUUCAAUUCGCAAGGGGAUCUGACGUCCGAUAUAGUAGAUUCCAAUAUUAUCGACAGUAACCUGUACGUCAAUCCGCUCGACAAGAGUGGAGACAACAGUCCAGUGAUAUCGACUGGCGUUAUUAGGGGUGGUGGGGUGAAGAAAUCCGCUUCGGGAGAUACGGCGUUGAGGAGUUUGGGGACCUCGCCCAUGGAUGAGGGCUUCAAGGGAUUUGGGCUGUUGGAGAGAGGAAGCAGGGUUAGUCUGAACGAUUCGCCGCACACGAAGAAUAGAAAAACUAGGUUCCAGGGUCGUCCACGCACACGCUUUGGGGAGCGAGGAGACUAUUUGGAUAAUGAAUCUCAAGAAAGUUUAGAAAAGAAGAAGAGGCCGUCUUUCAUGUCUUCUAGAGGUUUAGCUUCAGCGACUCGCAUUAUCAAUCAACAUUUGUUUGGCCUUCAAAAUUUAACUAAAUCAGGAAAAAACAGCGGAAGUAAAUCCUCGCUUUCAGUAGACUCCAUUGACAGCCGAACGAGCCCGCAACUAGAGCUACACCGUCGUUCAAAAUCGAUUUUGAAGAAAUCAGACAGUAGCAGCAACCGAAACGCCGAUCCGGAAAGCGAGCGACUCAUCUCCGACAACAUGUCUGGAUCAGACGUGGGUUUCGGCAGCGACUACAGUCCCAACAAAAGACUAUCGUCACCUCCCGCAUCCCGAAGGACGUCCAGUCAGAAGUCGACGUCGAAAAACCUGUCGACGUAUCAGCAAGAGCUGGAGAGGACGCGGUUACUCAAAUCGCAACUAUUUCUACUGGACGAUAUUUUGAAAGAAAAACAGUCGUGUAACGAUAUGCCGAUGAUGGAUUCGAAUAAAUUAAAAGUUUGUGGUGAUAAUGUCAGUGAAGUGCCCCUGUAUAUCUGUCCGCCACCGCCUCCCCUGGAUAAUUCGCCGACCGAAGAGACCAGGUUACUUUUCUGUACUACGAUGACACCUUCCUCGCCGAGACAAACAAACAAUUCCAUAUCUAAGGGACAUAAUCCGUCCUCGUAGCAGUUAGAGAAACUUGGAUCAUCUUUCAACAGUCACGUAGAAUAUCACGCAUUCAGUCAACUACACAUUUUACCUAUACCUAUACCUAAAAAGAUACUGCAACAAAGUGUAAAAUUUUUCGAAAUUUAAGACAAUUGGUGCAUUUUAAGUGCUUUGUUAUUUUUUAAAAAUGUUUUUAAGCGUUCGUUAAAAAUAUUGUCAUUAGUUAGUUUUUGCAACAAUGUUAUAUUCUAAAGCUACCUACACACAUUAUGAACGAAUUUUUAAAUACAAAAUAUAAAAAAAUUGGACUUGCACGAGAUAUUUACUAGAGUGGUUUUCUAUAUCUUAACAUUCGUAGCAGUUAUUCAGAAAGUAAAACUAAAUAAUUACAAUAAUUCAUUCACUUCAUCUACUCUAAAUAGGGCUUUUCAUCGAUUGUCAUUUGUUUCGAGUUUCUGUCAUAAUAUGUUGUAUAAUCUGUGUAUACCCUAUUCCACGAACAUACGCUUGUUUUGGAUUACUUCGACAACGAAUAUUUUACUGUGCAAAAUAAGAAGAACGAAAGUAAAUUGCGAAUUACAUUGUUGUUUAUUGGAAUAAUUAUUAGCGCCAUUUACAUUCGUACUUCUUAUGUUGCACAGUAAAAUAUUCGUUGUCGAAGUAAUCCAAAACAGGCGUAUGUUCGUGGAAUGGCCCAUAUAAUAUUCGUAUACUGAAAAGCCCUAUUACAAAUGAGGCCCCUAGAACAAAGGGGUGUAAGUGACAAUUUUUAAGAAAUUGAGUUAAAUACAAAAAUCAACUGCCAAACACAUAGAAAACAUGGUGGCUUCAAAUUUUCUACAUUAACUAACAAUAACAUGAUCAAAAAUGUCAUUAAAAACAUGCUAAUUAGUACCUACCAAGAUUUUUUAAAUUUGUCUAGAACUUUAAACAAAGUUUUCUCAAAACUUAAUACUUGCACCCCUUGUGUUCAAGGGUCCUCAAAUAAUAUUGUGUAUUAUAAUUAGGAAAAAAUCUGUGAUUGAUCUUAUAUCAAAAUCGUAUCAAAAAGCGUAAAAAAGUUAUAAGUAUUAUCUGAUUAGACGGAAACAGAAAAUAAUAGCUCUUUUAUUGUAUUAUUACGGGACUUCCAUAAUACCCCAGGCUGUGGGUGAAAAAACGUGAUAUAAUUCAGGAAUUUUUGAAACAUAUCAGGUGCUGUAAAGGACGAUGACAGGAAUAACUUCUACUAAAAUGUGACC